AUGGCUGAGGAUUUUUUGAUAUUUGACCUAAAUAAUUCAUCUGCCUACAUACAAAAUGUGUCAAGCUUUUACAAUGGAGAUGCCUUAUCUUUGCAAAGUACUACUCCCUAUUUCCCUAAUGGAGACACCUUAUCUUUGCAGAGUACUACUCCAUAUUUCCCUAAUGGAGAUGCCUUAUCUUUGCAGAGUACUACUCCAUAUUUCUCUAGAAGCAUUCAGAUAAUACUAGCUUUAUGUAUUUCACUCAUGAUUUCUAUUACUGUGAUCGGAAAUGGACUAGUUAUUUUGGCAUUUUUCAUGGAAAAGAAAAUUAGAACACCAAGAAAUUAUUUCCUGCUUAAUCUGGCUAUCUGUGACUUCUUUAUAGGUGCAUUUUCUAUCCCUUUGUACACUCCUUAUGUACUCUCUGGAAUAUGGACACUUGGAAAAGAUCUUUGUAAAGUAUGGCUAAUAACAGAUACUCUUCUAUGCUUUGCUUCAGAAUUUAGUAUAGUCCUGAUCAGCUAUGACCGUUUUCUCAGUAUCAUUAAAGCACUUGAAUACCAGCUACAGCAACAAGGAGUUAGACAUGUGCUUGUUAAGAUGGCGGCUGUGUGGGUGGUAUCAUUUCUCAUUAACUGUCCAGUCAUUACAUUUGGGGAGUACAUACUUGGUGCUGAUUUUAUUCCACAGGACCAGUGUUAUAUUUCUACACUCAUAUGGAGUUUAGAAAUUACAAUGCAAGUUUUUACAUUUAUUGUACCAUUUGCUUGUACUGCUUAUUUCAGUAUUAAAAUCUACUGGAAUCUAAGAACGCGAAGUAGACAAAAACAUAAGAAAAUAAAAAGACCAUGUGAUUUAGAGUCCAGCAAGGAAAAAACAUUCUCAGAUGAUGUUGCUAGUGAAUCAAAUGUUGAUCAUGCUUUAACAAUCCAAGAACCACUAACACCACCAUCAGCAGCAGCAGCACCACCACCACCACUACCACAAAAGGUAAUAAUGAAUAACUCAGGUUCUGGUGCAAACAAAAGUCAAAGUCCUUUAUGCAACAUAGUACAUCUAAUCCACAGACUAUUUAAUAGCACUGUACUACACUUGACCAAUCAUGGGAAGCUCAAUGAGACAAGAGAUCAUAACACACCCGACUCUUUAAAGCUGGCAAAGGAUACAAAAAUUGCUAAGUCACUUGCCAUUAUUGUGUCUGCUUAUGGGAUCUGUUGGGCACCAUUCAGAAUAUUGAUGACCUGCCGUACAUUUGAUAAAGCUCACGUGAUCAAACCUUUCUGGUAUGAAAUUUCCUAUUGGAUGUUGUGGUUCAAUUCAUGCAUUAACCCUGUGCUGUAUCCAUUCUGUCACAAGUGCUUUAAAAAAGCUAUUUUGAAAAUCAUUUGCUUGAAAAGACACUGA